AACAAGACGACCGCCAGCAAAGCCGAAGCGCAUCUCCGGGCGGCGUGAGGGGGGGUUCACCCGGCCGGACCCUUCCGCCUCACAGUUUGAGAGUACGGCUCGAGGUUUUGGGUUUGUUUACUUUGCACUUUUUCAUCCAGUAAACUGCCGUAUUCCCAUAUUGACCGGGUGGACUAAAGUGGAAUGUGAAGAUGAACGGACAGAAAAGCACAUCGGCGUUCUUCACAGUUGAUGUCUAGAUAGCAGAAAUAAUAACGCCUAAAACGACGGAUUGCGAAAACUUGAUGAAAAUUAGCGAGAAUGAGAUCGUGAGUGACACGAAAACAUGAUUUCCUGAAGACGCAACGUAAAGAUUCCUUCCUUUCCAAAUCUUGUGAAAAGGGGGAGCAGCAGGUGACGGGCGACUGAUUGCAUUUAGCAAGCAUUCAGACACCACGGACACAGUAUGAACGAAGUGACAUUGGUCAAGGAGGGAUGGCUUCAUAAAAGAGGAGAGUAUAUUAAAACGUGGAGACCACGCUAUUUUCUUUUAAAGAGUGACGGCUCCUUCAUUGGCUACAAAGAAAAACCAGAGACGUCGGACCAUGGGUUGCCUCCUUUAAACAAUUUUUCAGUAGCAGAAUGUCAGUUAAUGAAGACAGAGCGACCAAGGCCAAACACAUUUGUGAUUCGUUGCCUACAGUGGACGACGGUCAUUGAAAGAACCUUUCAUGUGGACACCCCUGAUGAAAGGGAAGAAUGGAUGCGGGUCAUCCAGGCAGUGGCCAACAGCCUGAAAAACCGAGAGCCAGCAGAAGAGCCAAUGGAUUUCAAAUUUGUCUCCCCGAAUGAGAGCAGUGAAGCCGAGGAAAUGGAGACGGUUGUUAGCAAAUCCCGCUCUAAAGUAGCUCAGACAAUGAGUGACUUUGACUACCUGAAGCUAUUAGGCAAAGGAACCUUUGGAAAAGUCAUCCUGGUUAAAGAGAAAGCUACUGGAAUGUAUUAUGCUAUGAAGAUCCUAAGGAAAGAAGUUAUCAUUGCUAAGGAUGAAGUUGCACAUACAGUCACUGAGAGUAGAGUUCUUCAGAACACAAGGCACCCUUUUCUAACUACACUAAAGUAUGCUUUCCAGACACAUGACAGACUUUGUUUUGUGAUGGAAUAUGCCAAUGGUGGAGAGCUCUUCUUUCACCUUUCAAGAGAACGUGUUUUUACUGAAGAUCGUGCUCGUUUCUAUGGGGCUGAGAUUGUGUCUGCUCUAGAGUACCUGCAUUCAAGAGAUGUUGUCUACAGAGACCUUAAGCUUGAGAAUUUGAUGUUGGACAAAGAUGGCCACAUUAAGAUUACAGACUUUGGCCUUUGUAAAGAAGGCAUUACAGAUGGAGCCACGAUGAAGACUUUCUGUGGAACCCCAGAGUACCUUGCCCCUGAGGUGUUGGAAGACAAUGAUUAUGGCCGUGCAGUAGACUGGUGGGGGCUAGGUGUGGUCAUGUAUGAAAUGAUGUGUGGUCGGCUUCCCUUUUACAACCAAGACCAUGAGCGACUCUUCGAGCUUAUUCUUAUGGAGGAAAUACGCUUCCCAAGAAACCUCUCUCCUGAAGCGAAAUCUCUUUUGGCUGGAUUGCUUAAGAAGGACCCCAAACAAAGAUUGGGAGGCGGGCCAGAUGAUGCCAAGGAGGUGAUGAACCACAAGUUCUUUACUGCAAUCAACUGGCAGGAUGUGAUUCUAAAAAAGCUUGUACCCCUUUUCAAACCUCAGGUGACAUCUGAAACAGACACCAGAUAUUUUGAUGAAGAAUUCACCGCCCAGACCAUAACAGUUACGCCACCAGACAGAUAUGACAGCUUGGACUCCGAAGAUUCUGAUCAGCCAACCCAUUUUCCUCAGUUCUCCUACUCUGCCAGUAGUAUACGAGAGUGACCUUCUGGAUUUUAGUGUACUCUAGCAGGGAGAGAUAAGCGGAGAGACAAAUUUCAGAACAACAGAUAACCUUGUCAUCACAAAAGACACGGGGAGAGACUGACAGUGUUCUUGGGACACCUUGUGUCCUCAACCCUGCCUUAAUUGGUACUACACUAAAAGCAAAUAAGAAAAAGUGACGCUGAUAAAAAUGCAUACGUAAACCGUAAGACUGCUGGAAAUACAGCCAAAAAACUGCAUACUGGAAAGUAAUUGUUCUUUGUUUAAGAAAUUUUUCUGAUUGUUACAGAUUUUUGAAGCCAUAUUCAAUUUAAUACAAGUGCUCUUUGUUCCUUCUUGUUUGGCAAAACCAGCUGCUACCUGUCGAAUGGUAGCAUUUCUAAUAGGAAAAGAAUGGCUGAGAUUCACAAGGAUGCCUCUGUGAAUGUAAUGGCCGCUUAUAAUUUUCCCCUCUUGCUUAAUAGUGAAACAGAAAGCAGGAGAAUGACUUCUAUUAGAACAAAUCAGGGUAUGCAUAAAAUUCAUAGAUCCUUCCCCAUCCUCUUUUCAUCUAAUCAAAGUCUAAGCAAUAGUCUGGUUGCAAUAAGUGAACUAAAAAGAACAGCUUGACAUCACUGAGGUUUAAAAAAAAAAAAAAUACAUAAAAAUCCUAAAAGAUGUUCUGACACAUUUUGUAGGGUUUUAUGCAUAUCCCUAUGGAGGAGGUAACCUCCAUUUUUUGUUUUGUUUUUUAUAUACACAAGACAAAUCAACCAGAAUUUCAAUGGUUUAAAACAAAAAAUACUUUGUAUAAACUACAAGAAGAUAUUGUAAAUGGGUUGAAAUGUCUAUUACUUGUGACAGUAGUUUAAUGUCACGAAUGUAUCUCUUUUGGGAAUCUUCUAAACUGGUAUGUAAUAGUGGGGAGGGUGGGAGGGGCUUGAACUUGUAAAUGUAAGUCAUCAGAUAUGUAGGGCUUUUUUUUUAUUAUUGUAUUGUUAAUAGCCCUGUUUGGGUAUCUCAUUUUUGAAACCAUGAUUAAGGUUACCUUACACACGGGUGUAAUUUUUGCAUCCGAUUGUACUGAAUUAUCUGUUACAGAAAUCGGUCAUUAAUAAGACACCUUUCUUCUAAAUGUUAUCCCUUUAAUUAGUAUUCUUUUCAGAGUACCCUUUCAUUGAAAAAUUAAUAAUGACUGGACAGGUUUAUAAAAAAAAAAAAAAAGACAAGUUGCCCCCUG